AUGGCCUCCGCACCUGGAACUCCAAGAUGGCCACUGCUCCUGAGAAAUCCACUCGGACUGCUCACAACCAAAAUGGCCGCCCGGCUGGAGGAGGACCUGACAUGCUCCAUCUGCUGUGACCUCUUCAGAGAUCCUCUGCUUCUGAGCUGCAGCCACAGCUUCUGUAGAGUGUGUCUGCUGAGCUGGUGGAAGAACAAGGCCAUAAAGACCUGUCCUGUUUGUAAGAAAGGCUCCUCGAAGGCUCCUCGCCUCAACCUGUCCCUCAGGAACCUGGUGCAGACGUUUGAGGAGGAGAUGAAGCGACUGUCUGCAGAGGAGAAGGAGAAGAAGAAGAAGAACCUUAGCUUUAGUUCCAAAGAGAAGGAGGCCUCACUGCCGAGGGAGAAGGCCUCACUGCUGAGAGAGGAGCUAAGGGAGGAGCUGAGGGAGGAUCUGAGGUUCCUACAGGAAAAACUGAAGAUUCUCUCUCAGACUCAUGAGGAGAUGCAGGUGGCUGUGUCUCAUAUCGCUGCACAAACUGAACAAACAGAGAAACUGAUUGGAGAUCAGUUCAACAAACUGCACCAGUUCUUGUGGGAGGAAGAGGAGACCAGGAUUAUGGCUCUGAAGGAGGAGCAGCAGCAGAAGACACAGAGACUGCUGGACAAGAUGGCCGCCGUAAGCAGAGACAUGGAGACUGUGUCCAGAAGCCUCUCAGAGACAGAGCUGACGACCAGAAGGAGCAGAGCCAGGACCUUUCUGGACACAGCUCUGGAGAACACCACCAUGGGACAAGACGCUCUCAUCGACCAGGCAAAACAUCUGGGCAACCUGGGCUUCCACAUCUGGAAGAACAUGCAGAGACUGGUGCAGUUCUGGCCGGUCAUCCUGGAUCCCAACAGAGCGGCGUCUGAACUGGUGGUGUCUGACAACCUCAGUUCAGUGAGGAGGGGCGGGACAAGGAGGAGCCCUCAGAACCCAGAGAGAGAACGUUUCUACACCGUCCUGGGCUCCAGGGCCUAUAGGGUGGGUUCUCACAGCUGGGAGGUGGUGGUCCGGGAUAUCCUGGUCCGGAGCUGCACGCGCACAGUCUUCAUAAUGUCUAAGAGGUCUGAUCCCCGCCCUGUGGACCUGGAUUUCCCUUUGGAUGCUUCCAUCAUCAGGAUCCCUCCUCAUCACUACAUCCAUGUCCUGGACCAGAACACCAACAUCGGCAGAGUUGAGACCGGGCCCCGAACCUACAUCCGGCAGGACAAUGAGAGAGUUCUGUUCCCGCCGGUGAGGAUGGUGAUGGUACCACCGCGCCACUACUGUGUGGUGCUGAACCCUGUUGCCCGUGACGACCAGGGCCAGGUGCAGUUCGACCAAUCAGGACAAGCAAAACUCAGACAUGCCGACCAAGAGAUCCGCCUGACACAGGAGCCCUUCCCCCUGUACCCAGGAGAGGAGGUGCAACAGGACGUGACUGCUCUUCAGAUCGUGUUCCCGGACACGGCGCUCAGGCUUCAGGCUCUGCUCGACUUCACCGACUCCACAGGAACCAAGAGGACGGCGGGCGACGAGUGGCUGUUCGAGGGACCGGGAACCUACAUCCCACACAAGGAGGAGGUCGUUCUGGAGACCAUUAAAGCGACUGUCAUCAGAGAGAACCAGGCCAUCAGACUGAGGGCCCGCAAGGAGGGAGUGGACCGGAGCGGGACCCAGAGGGUGACUGGAGAGGAGUGGCUCGUCAGUAAAGUGGGGGCGUAUCUUCCUGGAGCUCAUGAAGAAGUCAUUGACAUUGUCAAUGCGUUCAUCCUCACAGACAAGAGGGCUCUGCAUGUGCGUGCGCUCCGGCCCUUUAAGGACCAGGGCGGCUUCAACAGGAGGACGGGGGAGGAGUGGCUGGUGACGCUGGAGCAGAGGGAGGCGCACAUCCCAUCUGUGUGUGAGGAGGUGCUGAAGGAGGUGCAGGUCACCACACUGAGCUCAAGACAGUACUGCGUCAUCCUCGACCCGGUGGGAGACGGAGGCAAGCCCCAGCUGGGCAGGAAGAAGGUGGUCAAGGGGGAGAAGUCUUUCUUCCUUCAGCCUGGUGAACAUCUGGAGAACGGGAUCCAGGACGUGUUUGUUCUGUCUGAGGAGGAGGGGCUGGUGCUGCGGGCGGUGGAGGCUUUCACCGACAUUGACCCGAUGGACGCUCUGGACUCUGAGGAAGAGGAGGAGGAGGGGGAGGGGGGCGGGGCCAAGCGCAGACGAAGGGCCGGAAUCUCUCGUCGCCCUGGUGACCGGUGGAUGCUGCGUGGUCCCAUCGAGUACGUGCCUUCUGCUUCUGUGGAGGUGAUACUGCGGCGACAGGCCAUUCCCCUGGACGAGAACGAAGGCAUUUACGUCAGGGACAUCAAGACUGGGAAGGUCCGUGCAGUGAUUGGACACACCUACAUGCUGACUCAGGAUGAGGAGCUGUGGCAGAAGCAGCUCCCUCAAAACGUGGAGGCCCUCCUGGCCUCUCCCCAGGAUCCUCUGGCUGACCGCUCGGACCGGAACCAGGCCGCGGUACAGAGGCCGCGAGACAAGACCCACGUGGUGUCGUACCGUGUGCCUCACAACGCCGCAGUGCAGGUGUACGACUAUAGGGAGAAGAAAGCACGUGUGGUGUUUGGACCAGAGCUGGUGAUGUUGGGACCAGAUGAGCAGUUCACGGUGCUGUCUCUCUCUGGAGACAAACCCAAACGAGCGAACGUCAUCAAAGCUGUGUGUCUGCUGCUGGGGCCCGACUUCUGCACUGACGUCAUCACCAUUGAGACGGCCGACCAUGCCCGCUUGCAGCUGCAACUGUCAUACAACUGGCACUUUGACGUCCAGAGUCCAGUGUCUGCAGAACAUGCUGCCGCUCUCUUCUCGGUCCCUGACUUUGUGGGCGACGCCUGUAAAGCUAUCGCCUCAAAGAUCAGAGGAGCAGUCGCCUCCGUGCAGUUCGACGACUUCCACAAGAACUCUAACCGGAUCAUCUGCUCUGCGGUCUUUGGUUUCGAUGAGAAGGUGAAUAUUCGAGGUUCUCUGCAGUUUCCUCAGAACCGUCUGGUCAUCAGCUCUGUGGACAUCCAGAGCGUAGAACCAGUGGACCAAAGGACCAGAGAUGCCCUGCAGAAGAGUGUCCAGCUCGCCAUCGAGAUCACCACCAACUCCCAGGAGGCCACGGCCCGUCACGAAGCAGAGCGUCUGGCGCAGGAGGCGACAGGGAAACUGGAACGACAGAAAAUCACCGACCAGGCCCUGGCUGAGAAGGCCCGCAAGGAGCUACUGGAGCUGGAGGCACUUAGUGCUGCAGUGGAGAGCACAGGUGCAGCGAAAGCUGAGGCUCAGUCCAGAGCUGAAGCCGCCCGGAUCCAGGGAGAAGCUGCUGUGAACGAAGCCAAACUGAAGGCGGAGGCGCAGAGGAUUGAGGCCGAGUCCGAGCUGCAGCGUCUGUCCCAGGCCCGAGAGCAGGAGCUGAGCUACCAGAAGAACAUGGACCAUCUGGAGGUGGACAAGCAGGAGAAGCUGGCUACCAUCGAGACCCAGAAGUUCAGCCACAUGGUCCAAAGUCUGGGAACUGAGACCCUGAAGGAGAUGGCCAAGGCUGGGCCCGAGCUGCAGGUGAAGAUGCUCCAGGCGCUUGGGCUGAAGUCCACUUUGAUCACGGACGGAUCAUCUCCCAUUAACCUGUUCACCACAGCCAACGGGCUGCUGGGGGGGUUGCCAGGGCAGGGGCAGGGGUAA